CACCGACACUUUUCCCCCGCAAAGCCGCAACGGGCUGGCCAGAUGCAUCAAGAUGCUGGUCCUGCAAUAUCUCGACCACCUGUUUCACCCUCCUCCCGCACUCGCUCGACUGUCCUCUAGUCUGCCCUUCUCUAUCUUGCUUUCCGCUUUCCGCUUUCCGCACUUGCCAGCUCGAGCCCCACGAGUAGCUUCAUCUUACCUAUCUUUCAACACUUGGCGUCGGCAUGCUGCACCAAAGAGCCUCCACUCGAUAGACUUUGACCUCGACCAGUCAUGGCAUCUACCGAUGCCCCUCGUCGCAACCUGUCCCUCAAGCUCCGGAGAGGUCGCAAAGACGUCGACCGUAAUGACUCGACCGCCUCGACCGGCAGUGCACCCAUGGACGACCAUGCCUCUGGCCUCAAGCCGUCCAUUGACAACGUCUUUGCCAAAGUAAAGGAACGACGAGCCCGCAAGUCACAGGAUGUCCGCCGCAACAGCGACGACUCGUCCAAACGUCUGCGUGGUCUCUUGCCGUCGUCAAAGAAGGCGCGUCGCAAGAGCAGCACCCAGGAAAGCGACCACCUCUCGGCUUCCAGCGAUCUGUUCUUGGACCGCCAACGGGGCACCUCCCCCAACCCCAGCGAGCUUUCUUUGGGAAACCAGGGCAGUGGACAUAGCAGUCUGCUGACUGAAGAUUCCGACGAUCAAGCACCUACAAGACCAACCCUGUCUCCCCACCAAUCCCAUACCGGCUACUUGACCUUUUCUUCACCUCUCAUCAACGCCGCUGCCACCAACAACCCCUUGCCUGACGACAUUCCCCACCUCGCAGAAGACAAGUCUCGCCCCGCUUCUCCCGACAAAUCUGCUGCUUCCCUUCCGCUUCCCGCAGCAACAACAGAUCGACAUCAAUCGCCCGUUGAUAGAUUCAAGGGCGCCUUUACCCUGCCAAAGAAGAAGCCUGUGGCCGACAUAACCACAGAAACACAUGAGGCCUUCCCAGAUCUCGACUUCGAACCAAUCAACACCACCGCCGUGUCUUCUCCACGUCCCUCGACUCCGCAAUCGCUGCAGAAGAAGCCCACCAUCAUCACCACCGUGCCUUCCACACCGCCCAAUACCGUCGACCCUCCCACCACUUUCGUGACACCACCGACGCCCACUUCUCCUCAAACCCAUUUCUCCAAUGCGUCUGGCCAAUCGCUCAACUCCGCCGUCAAUCCUCCUCCCUCAUACGUAAACGCUGCUGCUGCACAGAGACGUAAAAGAGCCGGAACCUUUACUUCGAGCAAGCUCUCCACAUCGCCCUUGACUCCGCACAUUGAGGAAGCAAAAACACCCGGAGGCACAAUUACUGCUCCAGCCACUUCGUCCUCUGGCUUCUUCUCUUCUGUCUUCAGCGCCGCUCAGAACGCUGCCAACCAAUUCAGCACGAGCAUAAACACAUCCAUUACUUCGAAUCAGAAGAACAAGCCUCCGCAGCUGAGCCAAACAGACGCCGCAGGCGGUGAAGAAGUCAUCUUAGGCGCCAAGGACACCAGCUUACCAGAACUUGAGCCGGGCCUCAAACGACAAUUGGCAGUCGAGACUCUCGGAAGAGGUGAUCUAAGUCUUGAUCAACUCGGAAUCAGCACCGAAAGCUCAGACGUCAGCCCGAUGAAUUCCAACGUGGAUCUACCGCCGGCAUAUGCUUCGAAUAACGUUUCACAAUCAAACGUCGAUGGUCGAAAACAAGAGGAAAGUGCCGCUCAACGCGCCGUCUCUGCCGCAUACGAGAAGCCUGUAGAGAAGGCUGUGAGUCAGGCCACUGGCGGUAGGCCACUUUCUAUGGUCUCGGGUGACGGCUCGGAUGCUGGCUUCCAAACACCUCCUCGUACCUCGGGUACAUUCGACAGCAACAAACGUGCUAGCUCGGUCAAAAGCAAGCUCAGUGGACGCAGAAGGCAUCGUGGUAGCUCCGCUGCUACUGGUGGUACCCUAGCUGCUGCCGUCUCUGCCAGUAGCGCUACCCUCGUGCCUGGCGCGCUCGGCCAAGGUCAUCGUACCACUGGUUUUGCUGUGGCCAGCAGCAAGCGCAAUAAAGAUUUCCAUCAGCUGUUCCGAAGCGUGCCCGAGGAUGAUUACCUGAUCGAGGACUAUAGUGCAGCUUUACAGCGGGACAUCCUUCUACACGGCAGAUUAUAUGUUUCGGAAGGGCAUCUCUGCUUCUCAAGCAACAUUCUCGGUUGGGUUACCAAUCUCGUCAUCAGCUUCGACGAGGUCGUGUCUGUUGAGAAGAAAAGCACCGCAGUCAUAUUCCCCAACGCAAUUGUCAUCCAGACGUUGCAUGCUCGAAACGUCUUUGCCAGUUUGGUUGCCAGAGACUCUACCUAUGAUCUGAUCAUUGGUAUCUGGAAAAUAAGCCAUCCCAAUCUGAAGAGUUCCCUCCACGGUGUUGCACUGGACGAUGCUGGCACUGGCGAUAAGACCGAGCGUGCUGAAUCAGUUGCAUCUGAAAGAGAUAGCUCUGACCAAGCAACUGAAGAUGACGUCUACGACGAAGACGAGGACAACGAUGAUGCCAGCUUCUUUGAACCUGGCGGCAGUGUUGCUGGAAGCGAAAUUGGCGAGCCGGCUGUGAGCCGAAAGACCUCUGCCGCACCUGUCACAGCAGGUGUAUCGACAAGCCAUGGACCCACAAAGGGUGCAGAAGUUAUAGAAGCAGUUCCUCCUGGUGCAGCAGCUUCUGCUGACUGUCCUGGUCCAUCUACACAUGCUCCUACUGAAUGUGGAGAUGAGGCUAGUCACUACGACAGAUUAUUGGCUGACACCACGAUACCUGCACCCUUGGGCAAAGUCUACUCUCUCAUGUGGGGCCCAGCAUCAGGUACGUUCAUGAAAAAGUGGCUGGUAGAUGACCAAAAGUCUCGUGAGCUUUCUUUCGAACCCGAGAAAGGCGGAAUGGACGACACGCACCGAACCUUUACCUACUCAUACAUCAAGCCUCUCAAUGCGCCCGUUGGACCAAGACAGACAAAGUGUAUUGUCACUGCCACGGUAGAGAAUUUUGAUUUGGAAAAGUGUGUCAGUGUCAACUGCAGCACUGCAACUCCUGAUGUGCCCAGCGGAGGCAUCUUCACAACGAAGACCAGAUACUGCAUGAUGUGGGGCCCCAAUAACUCGACCAGACUGAUCGCCAACUGUACGGUAGAAUGGACCGGCAAGAGUUGGUUGAAAGGACCCAUCGAAAAAGGUGCUAAUGACGGUCAAACACAAUACGUCAAAGAUCUCGUCGCCGCACUCACCGCCGGAGUAGCUGCGAAAGCCACGGUCAGAGGUGCCCCUCGCGGAAAAGGCAAGGGGAGGAGACGAACAGAUGCUGGCAUACCAGCUGAAAGCGAGCGCGUGGCAGUCGCCUCCAAGAAGGUACCAGAGGAAGCCAAUUGGGGCUUAUUCGAACCCGUUCGUGGAAUCCUGGAACCUUUAUUCAGCAUACUGCAGCCUCUAUUCUCAGCACAAAUCAUCAUCUCGAUACUGGUCUUGCUACUUGCCUGGACGUGGCUCUUCCCCUCUCGAGCUCGCUCUACAGGAGUUGGCUUUGCCAUUGACUCGCCUGGCAGACUUGCCGCAUAUGAAGAGCUAUGGCGCAGGGAAGAGAGCGAGCUCUGGGACUGGCUCGAAGAUCGCGUGGGGCUGAGUAAUGGCAUCCCCGUCGGUGGCGCCGCACAAGAAAAAUCCGACAGACAAAAGAUCUUAGGUGUCAACCAGAUGGCCCGCCGACUCCGCAACCACAAUCUGGAGGGAAAGCAGGUGGAAGACGCCAUCAGAGUCACGGAAGAGAGACUCGCGACUUUGAAAAACGCAGUCAUGAAAAACAAGGGGACUGCACAAGAAGAAGAGAAGAAGUGAUCCCUCUCUGUGACCUUGAAUUUAUUUCUAUAUGUCAAACCUUUCCCUUGCGUCUUUAUGAUGAUAGCAGAUCCGGUUUCCUUUGGCGUUUUGAGCGAGCGAGGAUGAUGGUUUCUUUCGUUCGAAGCGUUUUGCUGUCUUUUCCGUUUGUAUAACCUGCGGUAGCUUGGAUACAGAGAG